AUGAUCAUCAAACUCCUACUCAAAAUAAAAGUGCCACAAAGUACGAUUUUUUUAAACAGAACAAUUAAUUGCAAAUCAGCAAAAUUUUCUUCCACCAUUCGAAAUAGCAAUAGCAACCAUUCAACAAACAGAAAUGAUGAAGCGAAAAAGGAAAAUCCUCAAUCAAAAUCAAACUUGGGAAAUAAAACAAAUGACAACAAUCACGAUAUGUGGAACUUUUUAGCCUUUGAAAAAAAUAUAACUUUCUUUUCUGUAAAUUUUUACAUACUCCUUUUUGCUGUCUUGGCUUUGCACCUUUACAACAAAUCGAAUGAAACAAAUAAUAUCACUCAAGUUGACGAAGCCAAGGAACGUGAACGCAGGAAUAUACUUGAAAUGGAAAAUAAAAGAACAAGUUUGAAAAAUUAA